AUGGACGGACCCGCAGCCACCAAACAGCUUUCGCCGCUCGUCCUCCCCACUCCCAGUGCUUCUCCGCCUCUAUAUAGAACGGGCAUCCCGACAAGGGGACCAAGUCCUCAUAACGAAACAACGCUUCAGGCGAAGAAGAACACGAUCCUAAAGUCUCACGGACGUCCUCCAUGGUACGACGAGGAUGGUCACGCUACCAGCGACGCGUUCGUAAUUGGGAUCGCAGGUGGCUCGGCCAGUGGCAAGACCCAUGUCGCCCGUCAAAUUGUCCAGGCAUUGGGAUCUAUCCCGACUGUUGUGAUCCUGUCCCAGGAUAGCUUCUACAAGGAGCAUUCACCUGCGGAUCUAGCUUUGGCAUUUGCCAACCGUUAUGAUUUCGAUCACCCUGAUGCUAUCGACAUGCCACUUUUUGCUGCAUGCCUAGCAGAUCUCAAGGCUGGAAAUCAAACAAACAUCCCGAUCUACUCAUUCACGGAACACCAACGUUUACCUGAAACCAAAUAUCUCUAUGGCGCUUCCAUCAUCAUCGGUCAGUUCAUCAUCUUCGUUCAAUGUGAUUCCGACCUCAUGUUGUCUCGACGAAUCCGAAGGGACAUCAAGGAGCGCGGACGGAGUGUCGAAGGGGUUUUGGAGCAGUAUCUCCGCUUUGUGAAACCAGCAUAUGACAACUUCGUACAGCCGACCUCUCGCUACGCCAACAUAAUUGUUCCAGGAUCGGACAACACUAUCGCCAUAGAGCUAAUCGCGACGCACAUACAUCGCAAAAUAGCAGAGCGAACCAACUAUCUACGCAAGAGUCUUGCGAGGGCGGUCCCUAAAUGCUUGACUCCCGGUGUCAAUCCAGACCAAUAUUUCCCUAACGUUAGACUGCUCCCCUCAACACCUCAGAUGCAGGGGAUUUUCACUCUUCUACGUGACCGAGACACCUCUCGUGAAGACUUCAUCUUCUUCUCUGACCGACUGGCGACUCUACUAUCGGAAGCAGCCAUGGAAUACCUUCCUUUCAAGCUCAAGGACAUUGUGACUCCGAUCUCAGCCACUUAUCAUGGGCAGCAAUUGGCCGCGAGUCAUAUAUGCGGGGUGUCCAUCCUUCGUUCAGGCGGUCCAUUAGAACACGGCCUACGUCGAGUCAUUCAGGACAUUAACAUGGGUUCCCUCCUCAUCCAGUCAGAGAACAGCACCGGCGAACCCCUUCUCCUCCACCUCAUGCUUCCGUACUGCAUCCGCCAACGCCACCUCGCCCAGUCGUCUUUCGUAUUCCUCCUCGACGCUCAAAUCGGCACUGGGGCUGCUGCUUUCAUGGCCAUCCGUGUCCUCCUCGACCACGGUGUCCCUGAGAAGAACAUUAUCUUCGUCGCUUUCAUUGUCGCGUCCCCAGGUGGUAUCAGGGCCCUACAGCGCGCUUUCCCUGAGGUGCGCGUCGUGUGCGGAGCCAUCGACCCGGUGUUGAGGGACGCAUGGGCGACGUGGGACACUCUGGAGACCGUGGAUUCGGAGAACACGUUGACGAGUCCAGCAGAGGAAGGAGGCAGGAAGGUGUGGGUAGUCGAGCCGGGUAUGGGACAUAUAGGUGAUCGAUACUACUUGUAA